AUGCAUGGAAAAGUAAACAAAGGAAUAAGAAAGCAAGGACAAGUAGAGACGAAAGUCCAUCGCGAUCCAAUCAAACAUAAUGAACCUACGUCACCGCCUCCGUCACCGCCCCCGUCUCUGCCUCCGUCACCGCCUACGUCACCACCUCCUGCACCGCCUACGUCAUCGCCCGUCACCACCUCCGUCACCGCCUCCGUCACUGCCUCCGUCACCGCCUACGUCACCACCUCCGUCACCACCUCCGCACCGCCUCCGUCACCGCCUCCGUCACCACCUCCUGCACCGCCUACGUCACCGCCUCCUGCACCGCCUACGUCAUCGCCUACGUCACCACCUCCGUCACCGCCCCCGUCACCACCUACGUCACCGCCUCCGUUACCACCUCCUUCACCACCUACAUCACCGCCUCCGUCAACGCCUACGUCACCGCCCCCUUCACCACCUACGUCACCACCUACAUCCCGCCCCCAUAACGCUCCGGAUGAAAGUGCUGAGUCAUUCGUGGCGCACAAGGGGACGUUCGCUGUACUCGGAAAUGCGAUUCUCUUCCGGUUCGAAAGUGACACGUGUCAAGUGUCAAGUGUCAGGUCUCGGUGUCACGUGUUCAAUGAAGCUGUCGAUGUCCUGCGUUGA